ACACCCGCUACGAGUGUUACGAACGCGCCGAGACGUGGUCGCACGAGCAUUCACGUCGCAUGUCAGUGCGAGAGUGUGACCGCUUCUGCGUGCAGGUCAUCACAACCACAUCACCACCGACAGCACAGGCACACGACGCUUCGUGUGUGUAACAAUAAGAACAAGAAACACAGCGCGUCAUAGAUACAAUCGAAGCAGCAACGACCAUUUAACAUGUCGGACAGACGUCCUCAGCGAGGCAGUGGCGGCAGAGCCAACAAGCCAGCAUCAUCAGCAUCAGCAUCCUCCUCGUCGUCCUCUGGACAAAGACAGCGCAACAACAACAACAACAAGAAGAACCAACAGGGAGGCGGCGGUCGAAAGAAGUCCGGCAACCAAAAGAACAAGCCAAGAAAACAGCAGCACCAGCAGCACCAGCAGCAACAACAGGCGGGUGAAGGACUCACGCCUUUGGCGCCCCUUCCAGGUUUGCCAUCCCUUCCGACUUUGGGCAGCUUGCAGUUGGGCGAAGGCCCCGCACCUAACUCUUCAUCUGCGCAUAGUAUGAACAGCACUACCAGCAUGCCUGUACCCAUGAACUCGUCAGCAGCACCAUAUGUCCCAGCCGCAAUGGGGCAUGGUGACACCGUGCCACCAAACGCCCGGCCACAGCGGGCGCCACGCAGCUCCAGACGCGACAGACAGCAGCACCAGCAACAAGGAGGUGGAUCACCUCACCGCGGCCGCCGCAGAGGCAACAGAGGCGGCGGUGACCACCAACAUCACCAGCCACACCAGCAACACCAGCAGCCGCAUCAGCACCAGCAUCCGCAUCAGCACCAGCAUCAACAUCCUCGGCAUCAACACCAGCAGCCAUACGUGCCACAUCAUUUGAACGACGCGCCAUAUCAGUACCACGUCCCAGAGGCCAUGGAUGCCAAGUCUGCAGCGGAGCUUCGGGAAGAGUCGAUUGAUGCGUCUGUGGACGCGGGUACGCUGUGUGGUGUUUGCUUCGAGCCCAUGCACAUCCGCAUGCUUGGUGCAUGCAACCAUCCCCUCUGCUAUGUCUGCGGGCUUCGUCUCCGCAUCUUGUGGAAGAGCAACGCAUGCGCCAUCUGCCGCACAGACCUCCCAAAGGUUGUGCUGACGACGGCCGCACACGAGGACUUUGAUGAAGCGAAGGUGUCGGCCAUGAAGUUCAACAAGCGCCUCAAGUCAUACGUCGCCUCACCAGAGGCAGAGCAACAGUGCCUGCAGCUGUUUGCGCUGCAGUGCAAAGUGUGCGGGCAGCAGUUUAAGGAGCCGUACAAACUCCGCGACCACGUCAAGAGAAACCACCACCUCCACUACUGCCCGCUCUGUGUCGGAAACGCACACAAGUUCUACUUUGAGCUGGAUUUGUUUACGCACAAGGAGCUGGAGCAGCACAAGCAGCGCGGCGAUGGCCAGGGCUUCAAGGGCCACCCGCCAUGCAAGUUCUGCAACACGCAUUUCUACGACAAUGAUGCGCUGUAUGUGCAUCUGCGCGAGGCCCACGAGCACUGCCAGCUCUGCGCCAACCUCGGCAAGCACAACGAGUUCUACCCAACACGCCGCGCCCUGGCAAACCACUAUGAGAAGGAGCACUACACUUGCCCGCACUGCGAGGUGACGGACAUGGUGGCGUACGAGGACGAAAUUGCGCUGCGCAAACACAUCAAGAGCGCCCAUCCCGAGUUUGCACGCGGCGGGCGACGACAGCUGCUGGACAUCAGCGACGCAUCGUCAUACGCAGACAGGAACACGCGGUCCGGCAGAGGUGAUGAUGGCAGUCGUGGUGGCAGGAGACGCGGUGGUGGCGGUCGUGGUGGUCGUGGUGGUGGUCGGUUUGCUGACGACGAUGAUGACAACGACAUUAGAUUCGCUGCAGCGCGGCACGAAUACACCGCCCAGCCGCCCGCUGCCCACGAGCCGCAGCAGCACCAACAGCAGCAGCAGCAGCAGGGGUUGAGCCUGGAGGAGUUCCCCUCUCUCGGCAGCGAAGAACAGCAGGCUGCUGUCCCCUCCGCGCCGUCGUCCCAUCGAUAUGCAGCACAGACACGCACGCGCACACAGCAGCGUCCACCAGCCCAACAACAACGUCAACAACACAAGCAACACCAGCAGCAACAAGAACAACAGCAACAACAACAGUGGGCACAACCAUCCACCUCAGCAUCAACAUCAUCGUCCUCUCGCCCCAACUUUGCGCUGACGGCGCGGCGCACGGCAGAGGAGAAUGCGUUGGCGGAGCACGGCGGUCCAAAGCCCGUGCAGCCGCGCGCUGCAUCGUGGGUUGCGCGCGCUGCCCCAUCAGGCGGCGUCCCAGACUCGUCAACAGCGUCUCGCGCCGCCCGCGCUCCGACGAUGGAGUACAAGUACAUCAAGGCCCCUGACUUCAAGUCCAGGAAUGCAAAGUUGCUCAAGAAACUCAAGGAAAUCAUGCCGAAGAGCGAUUACGACGAGUUCAUGUCCAUGAGCUCCGCAUUUCGCUCAGACUACAUCUCCGCUUUUGAAUACGCAACAAAGUGCCAGGAGUUGCUUGGAAAGCACUUUGAGAAGAUGUAUGCCGACCUGGUAGUGCUGUUUCCAGACCUCGCUGUGCAGACGAGUAUGGUUGAGGCGUGGCGUAAGAUGCAUGCGCCCGCACCGAAGAUCCGCGUUGGUCGCUCGCAACCGCGCCAGGCCCGCGCAAAGCACGCGCAGCCCACGAACCAGCACUGGCGCUACUGCCAAUACUGCCACCAGGUUGUGUCGCCGAAUGAGCUUGGAACGCACGAAUCGCACCACGAUGUGCAGCAGGAGGAGGAAUUCCCGUCACUGCUGCGCGUGCCUAAGCACAAACCAAAAAAGAAGACAGCUGGCGUGUGGGGAAAGUGA